AUGGACUUCAAUGUCAGGUCCUCCCUGCUAGAUCCGUCUGUCACUAUCUGUGUUUCAUCUGUGCAUUCUAAGUUCGGGUUUAGCUCAGUUUAUCAAUUUGGGGCUUCGGUUGACUUCUGUGUGACUUAUCUACUGGGAUCUUUUGAUGGGUUGCGGGUUCUAGAGGAGACAAUUUUUUGCACAUUUUCAGAGACUAAAAUGAGCCAGACUGAAGUAUCGGGAAUGAAAGCUCCUCUUGUUCCACUUGCGACUCUGAUCGGUCGUGAGCUUAGGAGUGAGAAGGUUGAGAAACCUUAUUUGAAGUAUGGGCAGGCUGCUGUGGCAAAGAAAGGAGAGGAUUGCUUUCUUAUAAAAACAGAUUGCCAGAGGACUCAUUCGAAUCCGUCAACAUCAUUCUCUGUCUUCGCGAUUUUUGACGGGCAUAAUGGUAUAUCUGCUGCUAUUUUUGCAAAGGAGAAUUUAUUGGCUAAUGUUUUGAGUGCCAUUCCUCAAGGAAUAAGUAGGGAUGAAUGGCUUCAUGCCCUUCCUCGGGCGCUGGUUGCAGGUUUUGUGAAAACUGAUAUAGAAUUUCAGCAGAAAGGGGAAACUUCUGGUACAACUGUGACAUUUGUUGUGAUUGACGGUUGGACUGUGACUGUCGCAUCUGUUGGGGAUUCUAGAUGCAUACUGGACACCCAGGGUGGCGUUGUUUCACUCUUGACUGUUGAUCACAGGCUGGAAGAGAAUGAAGAAGAGAGGGCGCGUGUCACCGCCAGUGGUGGUGAAGUAGGGAGGCUCAAUGUUUUCGGGGGCAGUGAGGUUGGUCCCCUCCGCUGCUGGCCUGGUGGAUUAUGCCUUUCUAGGUCAAUUGGUGACACAGAUGUGGGAGAAUUCAUCGUUCCAAUACCCCAUGUCAAGCAAGUGAAGCUUUCAAAUGCUGGUGGAAGACUUAUAAUAGCUUCUGAUGGCAUCUGGGAUGCUUUGUCUUCUGAUUUGGCUGCCAAGUCUUGUCGGGGAUUGCCUGCAGAGCUUGCUGCAAAGCUGGUCGUUAAGGAGGCUCUGAGGUCAAGGGGUCUCAAGGAUGAUACAACCUGCCUAGUUGUUGACAUAAUCCCUUCAGACCACCCUGUCUUGCCUCCAACGCCAAUGAAGAAACAAAACAUCCUUGCUUCGCUUAUCUUUGGGAAGAAAACUCGGAAUUCUGUGAACAAAAGAAAUAAGCUUUCUUCUGUUGGAGUUGUGGAGGAGUUGUUUGAAGAAGGUUCAGCAAUGCUCGCUGAAAGGUUGGGUAAGGAUUCUACUCUGGAUGCAAAUUCUGGUCUUUUCCGAUGUGCAGUCUGCCAAGUGGAUCAGCCUCCAGUAGAAGGUUUAUCAGUAAAUUCUGGGCCUUUUUUCUCUCCAGCAUCAAAGCCAUGGGAAGGUCUCUUUCUUUGUGCCAAGUGUCGGAACAAGAAAGACGCCAUGGAAGGAAAAAGACUGAGCACGCCCACAGUGAUAUUGUAG